AUUUGAAGGUAUCAAGCUGCAGCAACGUGACAGUAUGGAGAUAUCACGUCGAAUAAUCAGAUAUGACUCCCGUCUCUUAAUAGGAUGAUACCACUUCACAACUAUCAUCCCACCUGCCAUACACUAAAUUGUGUGGUUCUCAAUGGGAAGUCACCAUCCACCCAGCAGCUGCCACUGCAGCAAGCGGGGUCUCUUUGCGUGUGCCCAGCCAGAUGUCGGUGAGGGUUGACCCGACGUUGAUCAACAACAUCAACAUACAUCUAUCAUCGUAAACAACAAACAGAUCAUCUCAUCGACCUACACCCAUCUCCUUUUAGCCCUUAUCAACCCUAUCCAAAAUGUCCAUCCCCAUCAUCGACUCCCACAUCCACCUCUGGAACGAAGCCGAAGCCCCCAGUCACAACUGGUACGCCUCAGACUCGCCCCUCGCAACCCGCCACUCCAUUGCAGAGUACCGUGAAGCCACCAGCUCAUCCGCCUCUCAGCUCUCAGGCUUCAUUUACAUUGAGGCCGACCGCAAAAAUGACGACUCCAAGGACUGGUCAGAACCAUUGAAUGAGCUAGCUUGGAUGCGUCGGAUCAUUGAGGGCAAGCCUCAGGAGGGUGAAGGCCAUACUGCUGAUAAUGCCAAGCUAUGUCUGGGAAUCAUUCCUUGGGCUCCUAUUGCUUCUGGCUUGCCUAAGCUGAAGGAGUACAUUGCUACUGUGGAGGAACAAGCUGGGGAGGCUGCUUGGGCAAAGGUGAAAGGUUUCCGGUAUUUGUUGCAGGACAAGCCGAACAAGACAGGGUUGACAGAGGAGUUCAUUGAUGGGUUGAAGUUGCUGGGGGAGAAGGGCUGGGUAUUUGAUGCUGGCGUCGACCAGCAUAGGAGAGGGAGGGUGCAGUUGGAGGAGCUGGUGGAGAUUAUUGACCGGGCUCAUGAUGGUGUGGAAGAUGAAGACAAGAAGGUGGUGUUCAUUAUCAAUCAUCUUUGCAAGCCCGACCUGACAAUCAUCAGUCAGACUGAUCCGUCAUUUAUUGCUUGGAGGAGCGCCAUGUUCACACUUGGAAAGUGCCGCCGCACUUACAUGAAGCUGAGUGGGCUGUUUGAAGAAAUGUCAGACUCACUGAAGACACAAUCUGCUGAGCAAAUCUUCUCGGCGAUCCUGCCCUGGCUCGCCGUUGUUAUUGCUGCAUUUGGCCCAGAGAGAAUCAUGUUUGGCAGCAACUGGCCGGUAUGCACAGUUGGUGUUGGUGAGGAGGCUUGGAAGAAGUGGCACAAGAUUGUCGACAUGAUGUGUGAUAUGGCGGGUCUCAGUCAAGAAGACCAGACUAUGGUCUGGAGCGGGACAGCGAAGAAGGCGUAUAACCUUGAGGGAUAGGUGAACAAGGUGUCUUGCAACAGGAAUUGCCUCACUUUGGUUCCCUAACUCGAUUGGUGCAAGGGAAUACGCAAGAGGGGGUUGGCUGAGAGGCAAGCAAAUUGUUGUAGAAAAGUGCCUUUGAAGACAUACUCGAGUCAGGCGGCAUCGGGGCGUGAAGAGGCUUCCAGUUUAGUAAAAAGAAGGCUUAAAUCGACGUUUGGCUUGGCUAUGAAAAGAGAAAUCCCUAGGAGGAGUACACAUAAUCAUGCACACCACCAGUGGCUACAACCCAUCUCUAUGCCCAACACUAAUACACAAAAUUCCUGUUCCUGGCCAGAUCGGCUCACCAAAUCC